AAUUCUGUCUUCCUAUGAUUCCGUUUCUCAUAGUUUGUGCACUGUCUACAGUUGGAGUAGAAGGAUUUGGUGCUCCUGGAAUAGUCCCGCCUGAAAGUUUCAUAGCUGAACGAUGGUACCCAUCAAACCUCCCUACCGUCAUGCCUCCAUGGAAACUGGCAGGCGUUGACAUUUCCAAUUUCCGAACAGCCAGACCUCACCAAUCACCGGGAACCAGCCCUGUGACAACAACCCCAGUGGCACCUACAAACUCUUUGCCAAUGCCACCAGGUACAUCUACACCUUCUCUAUCGUCUGCAGAGAACUCGGGUAAUGGACCCCAUCCACCAGCACCGCCACCUCAGUCGUCUGCGGAAUCAUCCGGUUUGCCGUCGAGCUCCGAGCAGGAGGAGGAGGCAUCUGCUCAGAAUACAACUGUUCCAUCUAGUACGGAAGAGCUCAUGACACUUGGAGUCACUGAAACAAACAUGAAGACCGAGAAACCUGACAAAGGAGUCUUGAAAAUACUCUCCCCAGUUUUUGAAGAUAUUACAAAAAUUGACAACAUUAGUGAUUCGGAAGAAGUUCUUCGCGUCAAUUCUGAAAAUUCUGUCGAAGGCAGUGGUGACAAUGAACCAGAGUUGAUGACCACGCUAGAAACAACGACCACCUCGUCAAAGAAGUCAUCUGAAUUCACUACAACAAUGACGCCUGAAUCAUCGUCGGUAACAACAACAACUGCGAAACCCGUAACUGAACCAAUCACAACUUCUACUUCCUCUACAUCAGCUACAACUACAUUAAAAACAUCAAGUAAGAUUCGGGAUGAAGUGACAACGACAAUGAUGCCUGAAAUGGGAAAUCGAAGAAACCUGGCAAAUUUGCAUCCAACAAAAGAAUGCAAGGACAUUCUCUUCCUGUUGGAUUCCAGUGGAAACGUGGUGCAACAGUACGAGAAGCAAAAGAAGUAUAUCGAGGAAAUUGUUCGCAAGCUAGAACAUCCAAGACGGAUGGCCUUGAUCACGUUUGCUGGCAGAACAAGGCAGAAGAUUGUUAUUCCAUUACCGGAAGAACCAAAUGGCAAAAAGUUCAUCGAGAAAUUGAGAAAAGCCCGAUUUUUACGUGGAGUCACCGCGGCCGGAGCUGCAAUCUCUGUCACAACACAAUACGUGCUUCAAAAAUCGAGACACGUGCAAGUUGUAGUUGUGACAGACGGAUUCUCAUUUGAUGACGUGGAGAAACAAUCAGAAGCAUUGAGAGCGGUCGUUGGAAUGGAAACGUUUGUGACUGGCAGAUAUUUCCCAGUGGUCAAAAAUGUGUUGCACUCAAUUGGUGGAGCAGAUGAUCAUGUUUUUUUCGACAAGAAAGAGCAGAAGCUUAUCGACGCAUUGCAGUGUUAAAAUGACCAGCAUUCGGUGUCAGUGUGUUGUGUGCCAUUUGUCGUGAGCCUUUCUCUCUUCCUCCUCUUCCCCGUCCAAAUGAUUCGAUAGCCGUGAUGUUUUUCGGUUUCAUGAUCUCAAUUUGAUUCACUUUAAUAAUAAUGUUUUCGUUUGUCACUCAUUUCGUUUUUUUCCAUGUGUAUGUAUAUCGUUCAGAACGUUCAGAAUAAACAAGUUUAAAAACUU